AUGGAUAGGAGCGUGAUUAAAAUCAGUCACUGUGACAAGGACAUCUUCUGUUUCUUUGUACCGGAGGAAUGUCCCGAGUGUGGGGUGAGCUUCAGCGGGAGGAGGCUGGAGGAGGCACCCGUCAGCAUCCCAAACCCCUUCACCAACGGCCAUAAGGUACCAUGUGCCUUCCUGAUCGCCCCAGCAGAGGAGAACAUCCUCAGGGAAUUUGAUGGUGGAUCGGAUCUGCACACUGGAAUCACCGACACUACCGGUGCGGUAUAUAACUAUACGAAGGAGGGCGUGAGGAGGGACCGACAGGGCUGGGAGCGCUGCAUCAGCAUCCCGUUGGUUCAACCUGACAUGUACAACCUGAUAAAUCAGUGGGAUCAGUAUCUGGAGAAAUUCUCCUCCAAUCAGAUGUGGGAUCCAGUCUGGAAGAGCUUUAACGAGGAGGAUCAUAACUGCUACACCUUCACACUGACGUUCAUCAACUGCGUCCUGGCCACCCAGACCAAGAAAGCCCUCGGCAAGGACGAGUUCACCCAGACGUUCGUCCUGCCGCGGGUCAAGAGAGCUUCAAAAUACAGCGCACUGUGUCAGGAGAUCAGCAAACAUCACUUCUACAUCACGGACAGGCGGAGAGGAGAGUCACGGGGUGGACAAGUGUCCUAAAACCAACCUCGAUUCUUAGCAUCGCUGUGAGGAUCAAGCACUGCGCUAAC